AUGUGGGAGGACUGCGACCAGCACGCUCGGUGGCAUAUCGAGUAUGCCAUCGCACAGCGUUACUACCAGGUCUUGAAGGAAGCCACUCAGAUGUGGACAUCCCCAUCUGGUCAACAGUUGCUAAAGAUUCUCGUAGAGCAGCCAUUGGGAAACGAGUUCCUUAACGUCUAUCGUGAUUGGCGACAUCGCAAGCAAUUCUCCUUGGCAGAGUGGCGUGCUGUGCGGGAGGUUGUAAUCGAUGGACACGAGAAGGUUUCAGCCAAGUGUCUAUGGAAGAGUUCACAGAGCGAAGACGUAGAUCAAGUCGACGCACGUGAACGGGAGAGCAGGGGCACGAAGCAGAGUGAAUCCAAGGACACGGCGGAGGCCCAGGUCAUGGCGCGCCUGGCGGAGCGCGGCCUCCCGCAGGGCUGGAUCUCAGACAGCCACAAGCCGAAGGAAAGUUUGGUGAUUUCGGAGCCAGAGUCAGAGGUGCCGGCGCCGCUGGAACUGCGAGUCGACGGGCUCCAGUUGCCUUCUGGAAAGCCUCUCUUUGGGAAGGUCGAUCUGGAGGUAGCUCCAGGCGACAUGGUGCUGCUUUGUGGGGAGGAGGGUGCCGGUAAGUCUACACUGCUGAAAGCAUUGGCCGGCAUGUGGCCUUACAUGGAGAAUCGGGAGGGCACUGCCGUGGCGAGCAGGAAGGAUGUGGUUCUGAUCCCGCAGAAGCCGCGUCUGCCCAUGCCCAUGUCCCUACACGAAGCUGUGGCUUUCCCGGAUGCACCCGACACCUACACCGAGGCAGAGGUUCGAGCCGCCCUGGAUCGCGUGGGCUUGGCUGAGCUGGCGCAGAAGAGUCUGGACACCCAGCUGGACGUCAACAGCACCCUCUCCGGUGGUGAGUUCCAACGACUGCUCGUGGCGCAUUGCCUUCUUGCGAGGCCAUCCUGGGUUCUGCUGGACGAGUCUAUGGCCCACAUGUCUACGGUUUGCCGCACUGAUCUGUACAAGCUGCUCGUGGACGACCUCGUGAAAGGCAGCGGCGCUGGCAUCGUCAGCACCUGCCACAAUUGGCAAGAGCUUGCUGGCUUCCACGACCGCUUCUACCGCAUCGAGGAGAACGAGGCUGCUCGCUGCCUAGUACCAUUCCAGCCGGACGGCAGCAGCGCCGGCAAGGAGGAUGUUGUGGCCAAGGUGGAGAGCAAGGAGAGGGAGAUUGCGAGAUUACGCACAGAGCUCCUCCAGCUCCAACAGGGACCAGCUGAAGUGAAACCGGCUGGAGGCGGGGUGCGCUGUAGGUGA